UGAAAACGCGACGCAGAACAAAUAGAGAAACCGAGAAACGGAAGAAGCAGCAGCGGAAUAAUCAACAAAGGCGGCAAACAUGGCGAGAGGAAAAAGGAUGCCGGAACCGAAGAAGGACGCCUCCACAGUGGGAAUCCCUCAGCCGAGGAGGCAGUGCGUCGACCAAGUGGUGAGUGACCUGUGCCUGGGCGAGUACGAGCAGGCUCUGCGGCGGAUCAACGAGGGAUUGGAGGGUGAGCAGGAGCACGAGGAGAUCCUGGCCCUGCUGGAGCUGAAGAACAUCGUGGUGCGACUGCGCCUGAAGGGCGAGGCCCAAAGGACGAUCGGACCCACCCGCCAGUCGGACGCCAUGCCACACGGAUUCACCCUCGAGAUGCUGGACGUGGUGCAGAAGGUGCUGCGUUGCCGCAACCACUACGAGGUGCUGCGCGUCUCGCACCACGCCACCUACUCGGAGGUGAAGCGGGCCUACCACAAGUUGGCCCUGCGCCUGCAUCCCGACAAGAACCGAUCCCCCGGCGCCGAAAAGGCCUUCCGGCGGAUCAGCGAGGCGGCCGACUGUCUCACGGACUGCCAGAAGCGGAUUGAGUACAAUAUAGCAACGGCAGUGGGCGACUGCAAUCACACGGAGCACGAGGAUUACGAGGCUGGAUGGGAAAAUGCUGGCGAGGAUCAGGCCGCCUCCCAUCGAAGACCCUACCAGGCAGCCAAUCAGAGGAUGCCUCAGCGGCAAUCCCUCUACCAAACCGAGCAACUCGUCAUCGGAGUGGUGGCUGCUCUGGUUUUCCUCUUCAUCACCAUGCACUGUAUAGCUGCCGCACCUGCCUACAGUUUCAAACCAACCAGAACCCACAGUUUUCGUCGCGUCAGUCAGACGAACCAUAUAGCCUACUAUAUGAGCCCGAAGAAUCUGGAGAAAUACACCGAGCAGCAGUUGGCCAAGCUGGAAAUAGAAAUCGAGGAGGUAUACAUAUCGGAUCUCAAGCAGAACUGCAAGCAAGAGCGAAGUUUGCGGGAAACUCUGCUUCUCAGGGCAAGGCAGGGAAAUAACCAGAAGCUGCUGCAGCAUGUCAGCCAGAUGCCCACUCCUGCCUGCCAGGCGCUGCUCCAGCUGGGAAAGUCUGGACACAAUCCACUGCUGCUGGAGAAUCGCUCAUCGAGGGAGGAAGACUAGGCGGAUGGAUUUUUAGACAAGUUUUUUAAGUGCUACGCAUAAGGACUAGUUUGUUGUGAAAAUAAAGGA